AUGUCAUUGAGGCGCAAUGACAGCUCCCGUCUGCCGUUCUCUAGUACAACCUUUCCUAAGCUUCGCCUUGGGUGGUUGACACCCGGUCAUGGUCGGAACUUCCUUUCUACCUACGCAUUGUUUAAAGAUAUAAAGCUCGCGCAAAGAGCCGUCUUCAGAAUGAACCAGCAAGAUCACCAGCCUCUUCAACACUCCAAGAGUUCUACUUCGUCUCGCCAACAACCGCCCAUCCAGGCAGCUUACACCCCACAAGAAGCCUGCGAUCUCCUCCGCAAACUUCAAGAGACCACAGUUGCAGCUCUAAGAACGUCGAACAACAACACCAUGAGCUCCAACAACCCCUACGGCGGCGGCGGCAGCUCUAAGGGCACCUCGCCCGAUGACAAGAAUAACGCGUACGACCAAUACGCCAUCUUCGACGGCCUCCUACCUAGGAUAGAGACGAGAGGACAAAGCAAACACUCGUCCAAGAAGAGCAGCGGCAAGAAGAAGGAAGUCAAAAGCUCAGGUCAACAGUACGUCCCUCCGACAGACAGCCAGGACGCAGGCACGGACACGGGAGCGGGCGCGGGUGCUGACGGAUCAAAAAAUAGCUGA